UUAAAAUUCUUUUCUGACAGAUAGAAUAGCUUCUUUUUCUUUUGCUCAGCAGGUAUUAUAGCUUCUAACUAAAAAUGUGAAUCCUUUUGGAUUAUGUAUAUCAAAUAAAUUUUGUAACCACAUUUGUUUCAAUUUUGAGGGCACUGGUGCAGCCUCAAAUAUUUAGGAAGCUACGAGCUUAUCUGACCUCAAUGUGGAACCCCAGAAAUAAAGGAGGAUAUCCCAGACGAAUAUCUGCAAAAGCCAGGGGGUCCUCUGUACAGGAAAACAAUUCAGUGCAUGAAGAUGAAGCUUCUAUGAGUGAUGAAGAUAUUACUAUCAUAAAGGAUCUUUUGGAUGCAGUGGUUCAUUUUGACAUCUUAUUAGAUCGGAGAAAACAUACCAAUUUUCUUGAUAAUCUUGGAAGAAGUUCGGAGAUGGAACCAAAACUGAAGGUUGUGCAGGAUGCUGGAAUUGUGCUGGUAUCUCUUGUUUGCAAGGAGGCACUUGAGAGGGAGCCAUUCAUAUCAAUUUCUGCAGUUAUGUUCCAGGGAUGGAGGUUACUUUAUCUAGCUGAUUAAAAUGUU